AUGGUAACCAUCACUGUCCCCGAAGGCUAUGGCCAAGUUAUUGCCGUUGCCCUCGGUAUAAUUCCUGUCCUCGGCUUUAUCCACGGUACUGUGGUUGGCAGCUUCAGAAAAGCAGCUGGUGUUCCCUACCCACACACCUAUGCGACCGUCGAACAGACUAAAUCGAACCCCAAGGCCUACCAGUUCAACUGCGCCCAGCGCGCGCACGCCAACUUCCUCGAGAACGCACCGCAGACCAUGCUCUCGAUCCUGGUUGCGGGCCUGAAGUACCCGCAGCUUGCGACUGCUCUGGGCGGCGCAUGGGUGUUCUUCCGCAUUCUGUUCCUGCAUGGCUAUGUUUACACCAGCAAGCCACAGGGAAGGGGACGGUACAACGGUGGUCUGUUUUGGAUUGCACAGGGGGCGCUCUGGGGGCUCAGUGCUUUUGGAGUUGCCAAGGAUCUCUGGUAG